GCGAUUUUGAAUUUGCGGCGGGAGGGCGGGCGGACGGACCGGCGGAUCGGAGCAGCGUCGGUCCGGCUUCGUCCGGGGGGCAGGAGAUUAAAAUAAGUGCCGAAUGACAUCAUGGAAAAACGUGAGGCAUUUAUAAAUUGCAUAUCCAAAGAUUCUGUUGGAGCCUUUUUACAUUUUAUCCAGCUUAAUAAAGAUGCUUCUGACCCUUUCAACCUAAGUGAAUUGCUGGAGGAGUUACCAAGGAAACAGAAAGAAAAAUUAUGGGAAAGGCUGAAGAAUUUAUUAACCGCGGUGCUCUUAGAAAAUCCAGUAGACGGGUGGCAGAGAUUUGAAGAUGAUUGUGAAGAUCAGAUGGAAAUAGAACGGGGUCCAGAAAUGAAACAAACUCUGGACAUCAUUCAUGGGAUUGCAUCUGUCGUUACAACUUCAGUAUCCGUAGUAAAUGAAAAUGAAAAUUACAAAGCUCUGCUUGAGUGUGCAAUCAUAUUGAAUGGUAUUUUAUAUGCAUUACCUGAAUCUGAAAAAAAACUACAGACAGUCAUUCAGCAUCUCUGUGUGACUUGGUGGGAUAAAGGCCUGGAUGCCAAAGAAGAGUUAGGGAAAAGUGCUCUGAUUAUUUUGCUAAGAAAGAGUCUCACCAGUAAAACAGGUGCAGAUAUAUGUCGGUUGUGGCACAUCCAUCCAGCAUUGCUUUGCUUUGAUUAUGAUUUGGAGGAAAGUCAAGAAAUUAAAGAUAUGUUGCUUCAGUCCUUUAUGAGUGCCAAUCAUGUUAAAAAAGAAGAGGGAAGGAGAUUCCUCAGCUUUCUAUUCAGCUGGAAUAUAAAUUUCAUCAAAAUGAUCCAUGGGACCAUUAAAAACCAAUUGCAGUGCUUUCCAAAAUCCUUGAUGGUGCACAUUGCUGAAAUUUAUUUCAGAGCAUGGAAGAAGGCUUCUGGAAAGACGUUGGAGGUCAUUGAAAAUGGCUGCAUUCAAGAUUUCAUGCAUUACGGAGUUCAUCUACCCAGGAAUUCUCCAGUACAUUCCAAAGUACGAGAGGUAUUAAGUUAUUUUCAUCAUCAACAAAAGUGUCGUCAAGGAGUGGAAGAAAUGUUAUGUCGAUUGUAUCAACCCAUCCUUUGGAGAGGAUUAAAGGCCAGAAAUUCAGAAGUCCGGUCAAAUGCUGCAUUAUUGUUUGUUGAAGCAUUUCCUAUAAGAGAUCCUAACCUGAACAGUGUAGAAAUGGAUAACGAAAUUCAGAAGCAGUUUGAUGAACUUUAUAGCCUUUUAGAAGAUCCUCAACCACUGGUCCGAUCUACUGGGAUUCUUGGUGUCAGUAAAAUAACAUCCAAAUACUGGGAGAUGAUGCCUGCAACCAUCCUCGCUGACCUUCUAAAGAAAGUCAUUGGAGAUUUGGCUUGUGAUGUAAGCUCAGCUGAUGUUCGCUGUUCUGUUUUUAAGUGUCUGCCGACAAUUUUGGACAACAAACUAAGCCACCCAUUAUUGGAACAGCUCCUGCCAGCACUGAAAUACAGUCUCCAUGACAAUUCCGAGAAAGUGCGAGUGGCUUUUGUUGAUAUGCUGCUGAAAAUUAAAGCUGUCAGGGCUGCUAAGUUUUGGAAAGUGUGUUCUAUGGAGCAUCUCCUCGCCCGCCUUGAAUUCGAUUCGCGUCCCGUGUCUAGGCGCAUAGUGAACCUCCUCUUUAACUCUUUCCUGCCGGUGAAUGAGCCAGAGGAGGUGUGGUGCGAACGCUGUGUUACGUUAAUCCAGAUGAACCCUGCAGCAGCCCGAAAGUUCUAUCAAUAUGCUUAUGAAUACACAGCUCCCACCAACAUAGCAAAGUUGAUGCACACUAUCCGUCAUUGCUUGAAUGCUUGCAUUCAGAGAGCAGAAAAAGACUGUCAAGAGGAUGACAGUGAUAGCGAAGAGGAGAACAGAACUGUAUUGAAUGAUGUGUUGUCAGUAAAUGAUGUGGCUUCCAUGGCAAGCUUAUUGGAAAUCAUUGUAAUUCUUUGGAAAAGCAUCCACAAGGCAUUGGAAUACAAUAAGGAAGCUAAAGUCUACACCAUUAGCAAGUUUGCUGCUGUUCUUCCAGGUUAUCUUAAAGUGUUUAAGGAUGAUCGCUGUAUAAUUCCACUAAUUACCCUGAUAUCUUUUCUUCCGCCUUCUGCUAUUCCUCCAUUCAGCUGUAGUGUAAUCUCUACAUUGAGAAAUCAAGAACAAGGAGUUGCUGAAAACAAAUAUCACUCCCUGAUAGAUUGUCUUUGUCGCUGGGGGCAAGUGGGACAUAUUCUUGAGCUGAUUUGUGAUUGGUUGCCAGAUGGUCAACCCCAAAGAAAGAAUAGCUCAACAUCUUUGCGGCGAGUACAGAUUCAGGAUACGAGGGAAGCAAGACCGGAAUUAGCAUUGGCGUACAUGGAAUAUUUGCUGACUCACACUGAGAAUCGAGAUUGCCUCCUCUCUGCCCCAACAAAUAUAUUAAAUAACCUUUUGAAAGCACUUGAAACUUCAAAGGCAGCUUUGGAAUCAAUUUUACAGUCAUCAGAUGCAACGUUUCAUAACUUCAAUCAAGUAACUGCCUUACGAGCCUUCAGUCUCUAUUGUCGAUUAAGUAUUCAUCUCCAGCACAAGUUCAGCUCUGAAGAAAGGACUUAUAUGUCAGUUUUGGAGGACACUAGGAUUUGGAUAGAAAAUAAUGUUCUCCCUUUGAUUCACAAAGAAGAAGAAGAGGAACAUUUGACACACAACAGCGAGGUUUACCAGCAAAUCAUCCAGGCCUACCUGACGGUGUGUAAAGAUGUUAUAAUGGUCGGCCUGGGAAACAGCAAAUUUCAGUUACAAUUCUUAAAUCUUACUUUGGCAAUCAUACAAACAGAGAGGGGAAGUUUUUGUGUUCCAGUACUUCUUAAUGCUCUGAAAGACAUUUUAGCCAUAUUCUCAGUGCACAAUACUUAUUCCGAUGAAGAGGUUACAGAAAUAUUUGAUGCUGUACAGAAGGUGUUCCAGAAAAUGUUGGAAUGCGUCGUUCGCAGUCUCAAAAAGAAACAAGAAGGAAGCGCAAUGUUACUUCGAUCCAUUCAAAUACCCCUUGAUGAAUUUAUCUGUGCCGUGCAGGCUUGGCAUAUGAAUACAGCUGUUCAGCGAGGAGUGUUUUCUACUCUCUUAGCGCUAAUGGUGGUCGAAAUAAGCCACGGAUUCCAAAAGGCUUCAAAUAAAGAAGAGCUUGCUCCACCAGAGAGCCUUUCAGACCUCCCACCAUUUUCACAGUAUUUGCUGACAAUAAUAAUAAAGUCAACAAAUAUUGUCAGGUCAUUUUUACAUGAAUUAUUGGAAAGCAUAACUUUUGAAGAUAUUGAAGGCAUCAGAUGUCUCUCAGCUGCUGUACAUAUGCUGAUGAUUAUUAGUAAAUGUAAACACAAGGGCUUAAAUGUUAAGAGCGUUGCUGCCACUCUUGAAAGAAAAUUAAAGACAUUUAUGGAAAUCACCUUGGAAGAGGAUAGCAUUGAGAGAACAUUAUAUGAAUCAUCCCUUAGAGCUUUGGGCGAACUUUUGAAUCUAUAAGCGAGGAUCUAUCUUUGGACAAGUGAAACUGCAGGAGAAAAAUGAUGCAUUUGUUUAUAAAAAGUAUAUUAAAUGUAUAGUAUAUGAUCUAUAAUCCAUAUAUCACAAAACACGGACUUGUAUGUAUUCAAAACGUGCAUGAUCGUGAGUGGCUGAAUUGAACUUGUAAAACCGAUUCUGCCUUCACUUGUGUAAAAUAGAGUAUUUAGAAUACAUUUUUUAGAAUGGGGCGGAAAAAAGAGAUUUACUUCCACAAGAAAUUAUUCAAUAGAUUUUUGUAUGUAAAUAAUAUAAUAACAAAGAAGUGAACCGAAAGUCUAAUAAAUGAAGUGAAACUUAUGGGUAACGUUACAUGUGAAAGGAAUGUUUCUUUUGAACACCAACUAAGGUGAACAUUUCUCAAAUUUGGCUCUCCUUCUGACUGAAAUAGAGGAGCUGGGUAGCUUAGGGAAGCCAGAGUAGAGAACCCAUGUGGAUGGGGAAAGUGUCAGAGACUGGCCAGGCCUUGUUCAAGUCAUUAAAUCCACUACAUGAGUAGUGAGAGGACUCAGAGCGGAAAUGAUCUUUGUGUUUGUCCAAGAGGGAGUUGAGACUGAGGCUACUGGAGCUGAAGAGAAGCAGCAGCAGCCCGAUGUUGCUGAGCUGGGAGAUCCCAUUCCACUUUCCUCUCAGGUGACGGCUAAACCACCUCCCCAAAUUUAGUUUGGCACUGGGGCUACUGUCGGACCAACCCCUUGGCCUUCCACCCUGACUCUGUACCAACCUCUUCCUGACUGUCAGUCUCUGCCCCAUUCUCUCUUCAUCCUCAGCCACCACCUCCCCUCCUUGUCAUUACCUGUCCCCAUCCUCUACUUCCUCAUCCCUCAGCCUUUCUCCUCAGUCUAGGUCUUCCACUCUUCCCUCAAACCCAGAGAAAGAAACUGAAACAUUCCUUCUCUCCAGAGACAAAGAGUAAAAAAAACAAUAAAAUCCAGAAACUUUAAAAA